AUGGCUUUCCCUCAGCUGGGGUACCCCCAGUUCCUCAACGCCGCCCACGAGGUGUACGCGGGCGAACGACCGGCCUCUAGCCGGGAAGGAAGCAGCGAAAGUGGCGUCACCUCGUCUGCUACAGCCGCUGCUGUCGGCUCCAUGCUGGGGAUGUACGGCAACCCAUGGGCGGCCCCCAACUACAGUGCCUUUCUGCCGUAUAGCGGAGCACCAGACCUCGCCCUCAUCUCCCAAAUGGGCUCCCAGUACGAGUUAAAGGACGGCCCCGGUUCCCACCCGGGCUCUUUACCCGUUCACGCCGCUCAAGGUUUCUACCCGUACGGACAGUAUCCCUACGGAGACCCGUCGAGGGCCAAAACCGCCACACGAGAGACGACCAGCACCCUGAAGGCCUGGCUGCAGGAGCACCAGAAAAACCCUUACCCCACUAAAGGGGAAAAGAUCAUGCUUGCUAUCAUUACGAGGAUGACACUCACACAGGUGUCCACAUGGUUUGCAAACGCACGCAGGCGUCUAAAGAAGGAGAACAAGGUGACGUGGGGCCGCAGCGCCGAGGACCGUGACGGACGCAUCUUCAGCAGCGACAACGAGGACGAGCAAGGCAAGAACGGCAGCGACGACGACGAAGACGAGGAGAUCGACUUGGAAACGGUCGAUAUUGAAAGACCGGAGGAGCCGCGCGCCGCAGCGGAGCAGGGCUGCAGGAAGGGGGAGAGGGAGGCGGACGUGGCCCGCAGAGAGGCCUCGACGGAGCCUCGGAGCUCAGAGAGCACCAGGAGUCUUUCCCAGCCUGUUGUCAAACUCGUGGAUCGCUCCCCCGGCAGACAGGAGUGCCAGAGACCACCGCAGAGUAAACCCAAAAUCUGGUCCCUGGCUGAGACCGCCACGGCGCCGGACAGCUCGCACAAACCUCCCCACGCUGCACUUGCGCACCACCCGGCUUUGGCGUCCGCCGGACACCCGGCGCUGCUCCCGGGUCCUGGGAUAUACACAUGCCAGAUCGGCAAACUGCACAGCUGGGCCAACGCGGCUUUUCUCAACGCCAACUCGCUGCUGAACAUGAGGUCGCUCCUCGGAGGGGCGCAGGCCGGGCACCUGCCACUGCGCGGCCCCGCUGCCCCCGCGCGUCACGACGCACGACCCGGACACGGGACUUCGGGGACAGAAGACGACAGUGACGGAGACUCGUCUGGAAGCUUUAGUCCAAAAAGAGACGAUGAAGAUAGUGACCACAGACCGGAUUCACUCAAGUCUCCAUUCCAGCUCAUCACUGACAGACCUCACCAUGGCACAGGAACACAGCGAGCUCUCACAUCAACAUUAUGAAAACACUAACCAACAACAAC